CCGGCCUGCGGCCUGAUGCGCAACAGGCACGCACACACAGACGAAAACACGGCUCGACGCAACAUGGCCGAAGCAGAAGACCACGAAACAACUUCAGGUGGAAUUUUACAGGAGAUUUUCACGUCCCCUUUGAACCUGACGCUGCUCACCUUGUGCCUGUUCCUGCUGUAUAAAAUCUUCCGCGGGGACAAGCCGCCGGAGCCGGACGAGGCGGAGCAGCCUCUCCCCAAACUGAAGAAAAGAGACUUCACCCUGGAAGAGUUGAAGCCUUACGAUGGAGUGCAGAGUCCCAGGAUCCUCAUGGCUGUCAAUGGGAAAGUCUUCGACGUGACCAGGGGCAGCAAGUUCUACGGGCCGGAGGGGCCGUACGGCGUCUUCGCCGGCAGGGACGCGUCGCGAGGCCUGGCCACGUUCUGCCUGGGCGAGGAGGCCCUGAAAGACCAACACGACGACUUGUCCGACCUCAGCGCCGCGCAGCAAGAGAGCCUCUCCGAGUGGGAGGCGCAGUUCACGUUUAAAUACGACUACAUCGGCAAGCUCCUGAAGCCCGGCGAGGACCCGACGGAGUACACGGAUGACGAAGAAGGGAAGGACAAGAAAGCGGACUAAAAGAUUUCAAAACCCGCCGAGUAGCGGUGGCUGGGGGGUGGCGCAAACGCUUUAUUGAGCUAUCGUUUUUUUUUUGGUUGUUGUUACUGAAAUGCCAUCAAGCUCACGCGAAAAUUAUGGCGCCGCCUUCGAGGAGUUCCCAGAAACUGGCUCGUUGUACUGUUUUGCAAAUCUUUUUCCGAAUAAGUACGUUCACGUUGAUCCAAAGUCACGGAUGACUUUGUACGGGGGGGGGCACUGGGGGAUGGGGCUUCUCACUCAGAGCAAAUGUAAGCAAUGGACCAAGCGUAAUCUUUUCAUAUGAAAUCACGCUUUUCUUUUUCAUUCCAAUUACGACACUACCUGCUCUCCAUUCAUGUAAAUUCAUCAAUAACUGUCGUUCGCUAAGGUUUGUACAUACAGACUGUGAUAAUACCGUCGGCCUGGAAAUGAUAUCCACUUAAUAAAUAAUGCCAUUUCUCUUUUCGCGGCGUUUUCUUGCAGUCGUGUCUCGGGAUACGAGUUUAAUCUGUUGCGCGACCGUGCUCGCAACUCGAAACGUUUGUAUCUCAAAUCGACUUUCACCCAUCAAAAUGAACGGAAGUGCCGUUCGUCUGAGCCCAGCUCCUGAAAAUAAAAUAAAAUGAAAAUUCA